AUCAAACAAUUUUUUAAAAAAAAAACAAUGAAGUUGUUGUUAACAUUGGUAGUGCUGUGCACUAUCGCCUCGGUCGGAAUGGCCGAUUUCUCUGAGACAGAGAGGACCCAGCUGGUCAACCAGAUGAACACUAUGAGAAUGAGCGUAGUGCCCCUGCCCGUCGACGGCGGCUACCAGUACUUGAACUGGAACGCCACACUCUUGGACAACGCCAACACCCUCGCCAACGCAUGUGGCGCCCGUUACAUGUCUGAGGCUGCUGCCGCCGGCACAUUUGGUGAGAGCGUCGUCACCUUUGACUACGACCCCUCGCCCGCCAACGUCAUGCAAGCCCUGACCAUCGGCAAGAACUCCUACAACUUUGAUGACAAUGCAUGUGAUGAUGGCGUCAACUGCCAGGCCUACACCAACAUGAUCUGGGCUAACUCCCAAGAGGUCGCUUGCUCCAAGGUCCAGUGUGCCGACAACAACUUCAAGGUUGCCUGCAACUACUACCCAGCCGGUUCCUUCUCUGGAAUCCAGCCAUACACCGCCCAGGACCACGCCUCAGCUUCCAAGCUGGCCACAUCCAACUUCAACGGUCUGUUGAGCUUCAAGUCCAACAAGAUGGUCGACGCUGAGGAGGAGGAGCUCGUCUCCAAGGUCCGUGUCCCAUCCACCGGUUCGUUCGACUGGAGAAACCAAGGUGUUGUCGCCGUGCCAGAGGACACCAAGGACUGUGGUUGUUCAUUCGCCUUCACCGCCGUCGGAAUCGUCCAGUCACGUGUUGCCAUGCGUGAGGGAGUCCGUCCAAACCUCAGCAAGCAGCAGAUCCUCGACUGCUCUGAUGCCAUCAACCCCAACUACUGCACUGGAGGCCGUCUCAACGACGCUCUGAUCUACGUCCGUGACCAAGGUUUGAUGAAGGAGACCGACUACGGAUACGUUGGAAACUCUGGCUCGCUCGACCGUCAGUGCCACUAUGACAAGAACAAGGUUGUCGUCCGUGGUGGAUACGUCCGUUUCUCUGAGGCCAACAAGGACGACAUCAUCAACAAGUGCCGUACCUUCGGCCCAGUCGGUGUUGCCAUGCUCGGAACCAACGACUUCUAUGACUACCGCUCAGGUAUCUUCCGUUGCGACGGUCCAGUCACCAGCACCAACCACUCUGUCUUGCUCGUCGGCUACAACCAGGAGCAGAACUACUACAUCGUCCGCAACAACUGGGGCACCCAAUGGGGUGAGAACGGAUUUGGCAAGAUCUCUGCCGAUCCAAACUCUGACUGUGGUAUCAGCAACAACCGUGCCGGUUCCAUUGACACCGUCAAC